AUGGAUUUCGUUGAUAAAGUAGUUAUUAUCACCGGUGCCAGUUCGGGCAUCGGGAAAUAUUGCGCUAUGGACUUCGCAAGACAUUCAGCAAAAUUGGUACUGGUCGGUCGUAAUGUUAACAACUUGAAGGAAACAAAAGAUGAAUGCGAACGAAUCAGUGGGAUUGGAGCUCUGACAGUGGUCGCUGAUAUAACCAAAGAAGAUGACAUCGAUCGCAUCAUCAAGGACACAAUUGAGCAUUACGGGAAGAUAGACGUUCUGGUGAACAACGCGGGGAGACUGGUUAUGGCUGGUGUUAGGGACAGCAUCACGAAUUACGAUAAAGUAUCAGCUGUUAACGUCCGAGGUACAUAUAUGUUGACGCAACGAGCGAUCCCGCAUUUAAUUGAAACGAAAGGAAAUAUUGUGAACGUAUCAAGUGUCUUAUCAACCAACGCAAUACCAUCACUGACGGCGUAUUGCAUGACGAAAGCAGCGGUUGACAUGCUGACCAAGUGCGCGGCGUUGGAGCUAGCUGAUAAAGGAGUGAGAGUUAAUUCAGUUAAUCCGGGUCCAAUUGCUACGGAACUGUUUCGUCGCGCUGGUUUAGAUGAAGAAGCGAACAGACAUGCUUACGCCAGUAUGGGCGCUGCGAUGCCAUUGCAGAAGAUAGCCACAAGUGAUGAUGUAGCGAAGUUGGUAGUCUUUCUUGCUAGCGACUAUGCUAGCAGUAUUACAGGAGCCACACACCUCAUCGACUGCGGGCUGCACCUUGGAAAACCUGUACUUUAA